AGGUCCACCCUCUUGCUUCCGUCGACCAAGUGCUCAACUCGACUUUCUUCUUCGCAUACUUUAGAUCCUGACUUCGCCUAUCUGAACAGAGUCCAUCUGAGUCUCAGGGAGAUGUAUAAUGGUGGCGAAAGCACGACACCUUGGGCGAAACGCUUUGCGCAGGCCAUUCAGCCCUUCACCUCCAUUCCUAGCUCGCUUGACUUGGAGUUUCUGAGAUCGCCCAUCGUGAAGGAAGCGCACGCCCGCCUAAGUCCCUCCAAACUCCCCCACCCUCCCAUGAAUCCGUCAGAUGUGCGACCUAUCGACGAGGCUGCACAGGCGCUCCUGGCCUACGCGCCCCUAUUGGAAGCAGCUACUACGCGUGGCGGUGCUGUCGCGAAGGAGGCGUACACGAUCUUCGACAACAUCUGGAAGUGGAUCGUAUUUUUCCGCCCCUCAACCGUAAAUGUAGCGGACAACGGGAUGCAGGACAACGCGCGCCCGGCAUACGAUGACGGAGAUAUUUUUCUUGGCAUGCUACCUCUUUGGUUCGUCUUUCGGCAAUAUAUUGCCAACGCUCUCGCGCAUAAGGAAGGACGCAAGCGCUGCAUCGCCCAGCUGGACUUCAUCGCUAUCACCCUGGAGAUCCUUACUUCGGAAUGCCCUCUGAUCGAGGCGCAGGACAGCUUGCGCCUGGAGCGCUUCUCGCAUGGAAUCGUCCGCGGCUUAGCUAGUCUCCUGAGCGACCAAAAGCUUUCGCGACGCCUGACUGCUGAGAUUUGCGACUACGACCUGCAGAACCCUGGAUUUCUGAUGGAGAAUUUCCUCGACGAGAUGGAGGCAUUUCUUCGCACCACAUUCGACAACAGCCUCAUCAUGGCAUAUAUGACACUCACUGCCACGCUGCUCUCGAACAACGAGAAUCUGGAGCGAUUCCUUCACGUCCGAAUAGAUCCAUCAUCGAUUAAUCCACCCGAGCCGGGUAUGACCCAGCUCUGCCACUUCCUUCGCCUGACUGUCUCUCGUAACAAUGGAGAAGAAACUGCGGCUACCCUCCCUCUCGCCACGCAUUGGAUCGCCCAGAUCACUAAAUUCGCUCGCUCCUAUGCGUGUGACAUCCUCACGGAAGUUCUCGACGCAGGGAUCCUAGAGUACCUUGUCGGCGCGUGCGUCGACCCGCGAGGGCAGCUGCGUGCGCCAGAAUGGCAAGCGCCAGCGACCGCAUUCGUCCGGGACGUUCUCGUACCCGCCCUCUUCAGGACGAAGUAUCUGCCCGCCUUCGUCAGGGCGACAAAGGAUUCUUUGGUCCAAAGCGCAGACUUAGACGUGAUUCGGCAGGCUUCUCACGAGAUCGCCGACCUUCUCCUCCGUAUUCCCGUCUUCGAGCAGCAGAGACAGACGAUGAAGGCAGACUUGAAGCGUAUAAGGCACUGCCACAAUGGAGAUUCCUGUCCCGGAAAUGUCAGAGGUUCACGAAGACUUAGGAUGUGCAUAUGCGGCCGUGCGUUCUACUGCUCGCGAACAUGCCAAAAAGCGCACUGGCGAACGCACAAGCCUCUGUGCUGCCCGCCCGAUGCGCGUAGACACAUGAGUAGCGAGCAUCCGGAUGUGACGCUCACGCACUUCGAGCGCUGCUUCCUCAAGAGGAUGGCCUUUAAAGACAUCGGCCAACUCAGUCACAACCUCUGCAUGCCCUGGCAAACCCUUGCCAAGGCCUGCGUGGUCGACUACACUGCCAGCGCAGAGCCCGAACGAUACCUUGACAAGGACCCGAUGCGCCCUCCUGCGCGUUCAGCACGCGCUUAUUCUAAGAUUCGAUAUGGGCCGGGAGAUGCAACGAUUUUCAUGGGCUUUCUCUCGGAUCCGUUAUGGUGAUGGAUGUUGGUAGAUGGUCGCGCUCGAGCGGUAAGAUUUUUUCUUUCUUGCGGUGCGCAACUCAAAUUACGGUCCCCCCUCAAUUGUAAAUACUGUGGCAGGAUUGCUUGCGGGGGGCCGAGGACGCACUGACCAUUGCUUGUAUUGAGUAAAUUUGUACGAUUGUGUACUAGUAUCGCGAUAUCGUUCUCCCCUGUUCUUGCUACGUACGCUAGUAUACGCCCGGUCUUACUUGGAUCUGCACUUUCAAUCAUUCUGUUCCUUACCCUGCUUGUCCGGUUCCGAAUCAGCCAUAGGUGGUGACGGGCAUAAUCGAGAUGUACGAUCGACUGCGUUGAGGGCGUAUUAUGUCCUCUAUUGAAUACGUGCGCGUAGGCCUGCAGCUGGCGUCUCCUACAUGUUGUUUUCGACAGAACUGAAGCCCCAUUGGACAGAGUCCUGGCUUUGAGAAGGCGAGCGAUGAGCCG